AUGUCUCUGCCUACCCGCCAGCUUGGCCGUAACGGCCCCCAGGUCACAGCCAUGGGCUUCGGGCUCAUGGGCCUGAGCGCAUUUUACGGGUCAAUGGGCGACGAAGCCGAGCGGUUCGCCUUUCUUGACCACCUGUACGCCUCGGGCGAGCGCUUCUGGGAUACUGCCGAUAUGUACGGCGACAGCGAGGACCUGCUGGGCCGGUGGUUCAAGAAGAACCCCGGUGCCCGCGAGACCAUCUUCCUGGCAAGCAAGUUCGGCUUCACGCCGGACCGCACGAUCCGCUCGGAUCCGGCCUAUGCCAAAGAGGCGUGUGCCCGCAGCCUGUCGCGACUUGGCAUCGACCACAUCGACCUGUAUUACGUACACCGUGUAGACACGGUGACGCCGAUUGAGGACACUGUGGAGGCGUUGGUGGAUCUAAAGAAACAAGGAAAGAUCCGUUACAUCGGCCUCUCUGAAGUGUCUCCUACCACGCUGCGCCGUGCCUGCGCCGUCCAUCCGAUUGCAGCGGUGCAGAUGGAGUACAGUCCUUUUGAGCUGAUUGUCGAGCAGCCCAAGGACACAGGACUGCUGGCGACGUGCCGCGAGCUUGGUGUCGCUCUUGUGGCCUACUCGCCGCUCGGCCGCGGCCUGCUGACAGGGCAAUACCGCAGUCCAGCCGACUUUGGCAAGGACGACUUCCGGGUAAUGAUGCCGCGCUUCUCGCCCGAGAACUUCCCCAAGAACCUGGCACUGGUCGACACGCUGUCGUCGCUGGCCAGCAGUAAGGGCUGCACGACCAGCCAGCUGACCCUCGCCUGGCUGAUGCACCAAGGCGACGACAUCUUCCCAAUCCCAGGCACCAAGAAGAUCAAGUACUACGACGACAACCUGGGCGCGUUGUCGGUGAAGCUGACGGACGCCGAGGCUGCGGCCAUCCGUACCGCCGUCGACUCUGCCGAGAUCGUUGGCGAACGGUACCCGCCGCAGAUGAGCGUGGCGCUGAUGGCAGACACGCCUGAAAAGAAGUAG